UACUAAUAUUAUAAAUAGGAUUUCAUUGUUUGUUGGUUUGUAUUGAAUAGGCUCUGAAACCACUGGAGCGAUUAAAAAACUCUUUCACCAAUGGAAAAACUACAUUAUUAGCAAUAUAUUACUAUAGAAUUGUAUGUAUUCCCACGGGAAUUUGAAACCGAGUGAGAUCUGCUAAUAUAUUGCAUAUUUGCAAUGUGAAAUUGUUUGUUUGUAUGACGCUUAAACCGCUAAAUUGUUUUGAGAAUACGCUCACCAAUGGAAAGCUACAUUAUCGGGGAGUAACAUUUGCGUAUAAAUUAAAGCCCUUUCUAAAAGAACCUCGGGAAAGAACUGCCAGAAAAUCCUAGAACUUUAUGAAGGAUAUUAUUCAAUCGGCUUGAGUUAAUGCAUCACUGUGUUCGCACCGCCUUCAAAGUGAUCAGAAGGUAGCAUUACAUACGAUGUAAUGAUUCGCUUUUUUUAGUCUUUUUUUGUGAUUUUGAAUUCGAUUAUAUUUCGGUCGGGGAGAAACAUACACAAUUACAAGCACACGUAAACAUUAGCCUUUAUAAUAUUAAUGUGAUUUAUACAGGUCACAGUCAUGGGAGAGAGCGCAGGCGGCGCUUCAGUGGAAUACCAUCUCCUAUCACAACACGAGAAGCUGUUCAACCAGGCGAUAACACAGAGCGGGACAACCUACCUACCAGGACUUCUAGAAGAAGACGAGAAGGACAAACCAUUGAAGAUUGCAGCACAAUUGGGCUUUGAAACACAAAAUAUUAACGACGCUGUAGCAUUCCUUGCUAAAACAGAUGCUCAUUUAGUAAUAGCUGCGACAACAGCACUUGGUAUCAAAAGUAGACCGUGUAUUGAAAAGGAAUUUGAUAAUAUAGACAACAUUAUAACAGAUCAUCCACUAAAUCUUGCUAUGCCUAAAGCUAAAAACAUAAACGCGCUAGUAGGAUUCAAUAACAAAGAACAAUUGUUUAAAUACAAUUUGUUACAAGCAGAUCAAUUCGCAAAGCUUAACAACGUUUUCGAAGAAUCGUUACAACAGAGAUUUAUAUACGAUGAUAAUUUUAAAUCAAUGGAAGAUAUAGUUAGAAGAUUUUACAUAGGCGACGAAGUAUUCAAUGAAGCGUUGAAAGAUAACCUCACAGAUUUCCAAUCGGAUUAUGAUUUCGCAUAUCCAAUUCAGCAGAGUUUAAAGAGGUACUUAGAUAGUGGUGCGAAUAAUGUAUUUCAAUACGUGUUUUCAUAUAGUGGUGGUAGGAACUUUGUGAAGAAACGUCUGAAUGUGACUAUACCGGGUGCGGCUCAUGCUGAUGAAUUGGGUUACUUAUAUGAUUUGACUACUGAGACUCAGGCGCCAUCUGCUGAGGAUCAAUUGGUGAUAGAACGGAUCACUGCUCUGUGGACGAACUUUGUUAAAUAUGGGUAAUUAUUAAUUUUGAUUUUAGAAU